GGAUCGGGCGUCCGGCUGAACAGAAGUCUCAGUGAAGGCGAGAGUCUUCCAGGGAGGUCAAUAAGCCAUAGGAAAUCCAUUGUAGGGGCUCUCUGGAGCUACCUUACUCCUCGAGGGCGGGGCUCCCUGGAGCAACUCACACAGCAGCUGCAUGGUGGAGAAGACACGGACCAUGGCGUCGUUGGAGCCGGCCCAGCUCGACAAGACGAGGCCUGGCUGCAAGCCUACUACAACGGAGUCACACUUGUGGUCCUUGUAGUCGCAGGGUACCUCUGCUGGGCCGUCUACUGCGUUCUGGGGCCGUUUCUCCACCCGCUUCUUUGGGCCGUCCUCACCGGUCUACUCUUGCACCCGUUCAAGAAGACAUGGACGGAGAGAAUCAGCCAGUGGCUGGAGCUCUUGGAGAACAACUCCAUCCCUCUCUCCGCUGGCUUGGUCCUCUCUCCUCUCUUUCUCUUCAACCACAUCUCAAAGACACUCGAAACUACCGUUCUUACUUACUGGUUGGCAAUGCUUGGUUCGACGGUUGCAACAAUAUCACUUUGGUCUUUGUAUCGACUUAGCUUGCCACUGCAUCUCUAUCGCUGCCUUACAGCACUGCACUCUUUCCUGCUCGCAUUUGAAGACGCGCUCACGAGCUACAAGUUGUCGUUUCAGUUGCUCACCGUUUUCCUCGCGUUUCUCCUGCUGGUUGUUGUCGGCAGAUCGAAUAUGAAGUAUUUCACAGUACUCGCCAGUCUAUCUACGCUGGUGUGGUUCCUAGCUCUCGUCAACGUUGCUGCGUAUGUUCUGGGGAGUGCCCUCGCAUUUCCGUUGGUAAUUGGACUCUUUAUGAUAGGAGGCGCGGUCUCGUUUGCAGCGAACUUGAAGAGACUUUUGAACGGAGGCAAAAAGUCGACGAAAUCGGCAAAGUUGAGAGGAAGAUUGGAGGAGGACGAGGAGGGAGGUGAGGUUGCGAAAAGGGAGAGAAGAGAAGGGAGAGAAGUGGUUACUCUAGAGGAGGUAAAGUGUUCAGGUGAUCUCAACGAAGCCAGAGAAGGAGAAGAAGAGAGAAAUGUGGUUGGUACAAGGGUUCAAGUUUCAGAUGAGGAAUUUCCCCCGGAGAAUAUGAGGCCUGUUUUCGAGGGUCCGGAAGACGAGGGGGACGUAACGAAAUCUCGCGUUUCGUUUGGUUCUGUGGUGAGAAUCAGCCCAGAGAGGCCAGCCAGUGAGGGAGAGACUGGGAGAUUGCAGGCCGGGGUUAAGAGGUCCCCCUCCCUUCCCAGAGACUCGACGUCCUCCGUGGAAAACGAGGAGGGGCGUUCUCAGAGUUACUACGUCUUCCUCGGGUUGUACGGCAUGUUCUUUGUAGUUCUUUUCUGGACCUACCCCUUCUUGUUUCUCCUUCUCGUCCCGUUUGCCGUGUGGGGUGGGCUGAGAGCCGCAUUUGUCAGUAUAAACUGGAGAAUAACUGACAGUCGCGUGUGGCCUUUUGCACAAAGAAUCCAGGGGUGGGUUUGUAUGCAGCGAGCGCUUCUCUUCCCUGCCCCUCUCCCCACACUGUCUCGCCUCUAUCUCUCCCUCGAUCGAACCGUUCUGAAGUUUGCAAAGGGGUCUUUGGACUCUCUGAUGAGUCUGGUUAUCAUAGUCGGUCUCCUGGUGAGUGGAGUUGGGCUGACAGUGUUCCUGGUCCUCCAGAUACAAGUGGAGUUGUCGCACUACGUGGCCAUCAUGGCGGCCGUGUGGGAAAGAACGUUGGAGACGAGUCCACAACUAGCCGAGUGGAUAGGAGGAGGAGAAGGAGGAGGAGGUGGUAUUCAUGAGACUUUUGGUUCAUUUGCGACUCAGGGGUACAUGUAUGGCAGAGAAUGGCUGGCCGGACAAGUGCAGUCUGCACUGGGGGACACUUCAGAGAAAGGCGGAGCCAUAGAGAAACAGGUUCUGAACCUGUAUGACCAGUUGUACCAGUCGUACGUCUUGGCCAACUCGACCACAUCCUCCGAGAGCCACUUUGGCUCCGGGCUGACUAAUAGCGGGGACCUCCUCAACGAGAUGCAGAUAAUUGUCAUGGAGAACCUGGAGACAGUUGUCUCUGUGCUCAAGUCAAUGUGGGUCGUCCUUGCAGACAAUCUCUCACUCGCCCUCUCUCUCCUAUACUCUGUACUAGGCCUCCUCCUCAGUGGAGGCACAGCUCUCAUCAAUGCCGUAGGUUUAGGAGCUCAAUUAUCUGCCUUAUUACAGGGACUUACCCUCUGUAUCAGGUCGUGUUCCUGACGACCCUGUUUUACCUGUUGUGUUACUCGUCAGACGUGUAUCUCCCCGUCAGAAUUGUCCUCGAUAUAAUCCCCAGUGUCACCCAGUCUGACACCGCCGGGCACUACACGACUUCUUUCUCCCGUGCAAUCAGGAGUGUGUUUCAUGCAUCGUUCAGUCGGCUGGUAUUCUACGGACUGUACACGUGGUUGGUGCACACGGCCUUUGGUCUCCCUGUGUCAGUACUACCAGCUGGUGAGUGGAUCUCUCUCCUUCAUUUCUCAACCUCUCUCCCUCAUAUAUAUAUACACACACACCGAACCUCUGAUUAAAGGACACCUCUCUAUAAGGGAAACUUGGUUCUGCCCCAUACUAAUACAUCCGUGUACCAUUUCUCUUGCCUCGAUCUGAAUAAAAGACACUUUAGGUUACCCAAGCUGUUGUUGGACUGUACGUUCCUCUCCUCUCUCUCUUCUCCCCCCAGUUCUAGCUGCCAUAGCAGGAGCCCUCCCGUUUGUGGGGACCUAUUGGAUAGCUAUCCCAGCUGUCCUAGAGCUGUGGCUGGUGGAGGGACAGACGGUGUCGGCCAUUACCCUACUCCUCCUCUCCCUCCUCCCUCUCUUCUUUGUCGACUCAAUCUUAUACGGAGAGGUGGAAGGAGGUCAUCCCUAUCUGACAGGGCUGGCAGUGGCUGGAGGAAUCUACUUUGCAGGUUUAGAGGGGGCAUUAAUUGGACCCAUCCUACUCUGCUGUCUCGUGUUUAUCCAUGAACUAUUCGAUGACCUCGGCUCCUAGAGACCUUGGUUAUUAUUAUAUAGCUCCUAGAGCCUUUGGUCAGUUGGCAUCAUCAUCUCAUUGAAAACGUGUAUAUACAGCAUUUCAUGUAUUGUAUACUACUGAAGGGAAACGUGUAUAUACAGCACUGCUUUAGUAAAGUGUUGAUGGUGAGAGAGAGGGAGGUGGGAGGAGAGAAAGAAGUGAUAAGUCUACACCCUAAUGCCUUGUCUAGCCUUGUCCAUAAUGUCUAUCUGUAUCCUCGGGUAGUGAGGAUGCUUCUCCAACACUGUGAGACACACGUCUAUGGCUUCCACGAGCCUCUUUGCCUUCAGGUAAUUGAACGCCAGUCUGUACCCUGUACAUUUGGUGUCAUAGAGGGAGGGAGGAAUGGACAAAAUGGAGGCAGAAAGACGUUAUAGUGGAACCCCUCUAAUCCAGACACCGGUG